AUGACUGGCGGCGGAAAGUCUGGCGGCAAGGCCUCUGGUUCUAAGAAUGCGCAAUCGCGAUCUUCCAAGGCUGGUCUCGCGUUCCCUGUUGGUCGUGUCCACCGUCUUCUCCGAAAGGGCAACUACGCUCAGCGUGUUGGUGCCGGUGCUCCCGUCUACCUCGCUGCCGUUCUCGAGUACCUCGCUGCCGAAAUCCUCGAGUUGGCUGGUAACGCUGCCCGUGACAACAAGAAGACCCGUAUCAUCCCCCGUCAUCUCCAGCUCGCCAUCCGAAACGAUGAGGAGUUGAACAAGCUUCUGGGUCACGUCACCAUUGCCCAGGGUGGUGUCCUUCCCAACAUCCACCAGAACCUUCUGCCCAAGAAGACGGGUAAGACUGGCAAGAACGCUAGCCAGGAGCUGUAA